AUGACGAACAACCAGAAGAACGCCCUCAGAGACGCAAGGAAACGAGACAAGAAGGCAUUGUUCAAUAUCUAUCAAGGUAUUGAUGAAACCAUGUUCGAGAAAAAUUCUUUCACCGGCGUUGAUAAGGCGAUACGAGUUCGACUGCAGAUCCUACGUGGCGAGUUUGAAAGUUUGGCCAUUUCUGAAACAGAGAGCAUUUCAGACUAUUUCACAAAAAUAUUAGUUAUUGUGAAUCAAAUGAAAAGGCAAGGGGAGAUAAUUGAAGAUGUUCGUGUCAUUGAGAAAAUUCUUCGUUCUUUGACGUCGAAAUUUGAGCACGCCGUGGCGGCUAUCGAAGAAUCAAAAGAUCUCAACACCAUGUCUAUCGACCAGUUGCAGAGCAGCUUGGAAGUCCACGAGCAACGCAUGAAGAAAAAGACCACUCUGUCACUUGAGCAUAUGCUACAAGCGAAGAUGUCAAUACAAGAAGAUAAGAAGUUUGAGCCCGAGAUAUCACGUAGUGGAUACAAUCGAGGUCGAGGAGGACGCGACCAGAAUUACCAGUGUGAAGGAGGACGAGGGCUUGAAGGUGAUCAGUGUAGCACGUGGUACUUGGAUACUGGAGCGAGUAAUCACAUGUGCGGGAAUAAAGAACUCUUCGUGGAGCUGAAGAAGACAUCUUAUGGGGAUGUUACUUUUGAAGAUUCCUCAAAAGUUGCGGUGCAAGGAAAAUGUAAUAUCUUGAUUAAGCGGAAGAAUGGAAAUCAUGGUUUUAUAUAUGACGUCUAUUAUGUGUCUGCCAUGAAAAGUAAUAUUUUGAGUCUUGGUCAAUUGCUGGAGAAAUGA